AUGUCGAUAAGUCCAUUCAUAGGCAGCCCCCUGCUUGUCCGCAAGUCCAAACUGGAAGAGCGUCCUCGAAGACCUUCACUGGCUGGGAAUGCUUCAGAGCCUCUUCUACCCAGGCCGACAGAGAUGAGCCGUCGCCCACGAGGUUUGCCAGCACCAGCUGGAUUGCCAGCGGCAUUGGCACCGUCAAUGAGGCAAGCUCGCGCCACGAGCUCACCCAUGCUCGGCCCACUGCGUUUGCGACCCAGAUCGCUCGACACAGCAAGAUGCGAGAACAAACCCUCCCAAGGAUCGUUGCCGACCCUGCCUACCGACAUGCAGGCGUCUGGCAGCCAAGUACGUGUACAUCAGCGAAAGGCGGCGUCCCCAGCACCUUCGGAGGACGAGAGCGAACUUCUGAAAUAG